CGGAGCGGGUGCCGGGCCUCGCCCGCCGCGCCGUGCGCUCCCGCCGACUCCCGGGAUGCCCCUGCAGGUUAGCGACUACAGCUGGCAGCAGACGAAGGUUGCGGUCUUUAUCUCCGUGCCUCUCCGAGGCGUCUGCGUCAGAGACGCGGACGUGUUCUGCACGGAAAACUAUCUGAAGGUCAACUGUCCUCCAUUUUUAUUUGAAGUGUUUCUCUAUGCUCCCAUAGACGAUGAGAGCAGCAAAGCCAAGAUUGGGAAUGACGCUAUUGUUUUCACUUUAUAUAAAAAAGAAGCGGCCAUGUGGGAGACCCUUUCUAUGUCAGGUGUUGACAAAGAGACGAUGCAAAGAAUAAGGGAGAAAUCUAUUUUACAAGCACAAGAAAGAGCAAAAGAAGCUACAGAAGCAAAAGCUGCAGCAAGACGGGAGGAUCAAAAAUAUGCACUGAAUGUCAUGAUGAAGAUUGAAGAAGAAGAGAGGAAAAAAAUAGAAGACAUGAAAGAAAAUGAACGGAUAAAAGCAACUAAAGAAUUGGAAGCCUGGAAAGAACAUCAGAGAAAAGCUGAAGAACAAAAAAGAAUUCAGAGAGAAGAGAAAUUACAUCAGCAAGAAAAACAAAUUGAAGAAGAGAGAAAAAAAUUAAAACAUAAAAGUCUUACUAGAAAUUCAGCUUCUAGAAAUCUUGCUACAAAAGGGAGAAGUUUGGAAAAUAUAUUUUUUGACAAGUUAAAGGAAGACAGUAUUCCUGUUCCUCGCUCUGUUGGCAGUAUUAAAGUCAACUUCACCCCUCGAGUAUUCCCAACUGCUCUCCGGGAAUCACAAGUAGCAGAAGAAGAGGAGUGGCUACGAAAACAGGCAGAGGCACGAAGAGCAAUGAAUACCGAUAUCCCUGAACUUUCUGAUUUAAAAGAAGAAGAAAAGAACCCAGAAUGGUUGAAGGACAAAGGAAACAAAUUAUUUGCAACAGAAAACUAUUUGGCAUCUAUUAAUGCAUACAACUUAGCCAUCAGACUAAAUAAUAAGAUUCCAGUACUGUAUUUGAAUCGGGCUGCUUGCCACCUAAAACUAAAAAACUUGCACAAAGCCAUCGAAGAUUCUUCUAAGGCACUAGAAUUAUUGACACCACCUGUUGCAGACAAUGCUAAUGCAAGAAUGAAGGCACAUGUACGACGUGGAACAGCAUUCUGUCAACUAGAAUUGUAUAUAGAAGGCCUACAGGAUUAUGAAGCUGCACUUAAGAUUGAUCCAUCCAACAAAAUUGUACAAAAUGAUGCUGAGAAGAUUCGGAAUAUAAUUCAAGGAACAGAAUUAAAAUCCUAAUGACUACUAGAAGCAACUAGGUAUUGUACUAGGUAUUGUUUUAAGUUUUUCAAAAAUAACUGGAGACAUUCAGAAUCUGUACAUAUUAUGGCUGAUUGUGCAGAAUCACUUUCUCUUCAGUUCUCUAGUUCUGUAGAGGGCAAAAUAUAAAUCUGUAGAAAAUGAAGUGUUUGACUUGAAUGGUUUCUGAAUAAGUAAAUCAAAAUAAGAAUAAUCUAUUUAAUUGUUUGCUUCUUCAUAUCGACACAUAAUUUAAUUAUAUAUUUUUUGUUACUGAAUUCAGGUUGCCCUUAUAACUAACAAAAUAUUUGUUGUUGUGA